AUGGAUGUACGGUUUUACCCUUCUGCCGGUGGGAAUCCUAUUCCUGGUGACCCAUCUAACCUGGAUUUUCCCCAUUGUUUGGGUUACUACAACUACAAUAAGUUUGGGAACAAUAAUAAUUACAUGAACAUGGCGGAGGCAAACGGUGCACUGCUGUCGGCUGGCGAUCAGACAUUUCACACGCCCAGCCUGGGGGACGAAGAGUUUGAGAUCCCGCCCAUCACGCCGCCUCCCGAGGCCGAGACGGGCCUGGGGAUGUCGGACACGGGCUCGCCCUUCUCCGGGCUCCCAGAACCCCAGUCAUCGCAGAGGGGCCGAUUUACCCCUCAGUUCCCCCCUCAGAGCCUGGAGCUGCCCUCCAUCACCAUAUCCCGCAACCUUGCAGACCAGGAGGGCCCAGUCCUCAGCAGUGGCCUGCCCAUGAACAUUAGACAGGCCCACCUUCGUCAGUAUCACCCCAGUCCUUCGGUGGUCAUGAGGUCCAUCGUCACCAUGAACAAUCCUUCGGCCAUGAUGUCAGGAAACCAGCUGACCACCAUCAACCAAUCCCAGCUGAGCGCGCAGCUGGGCUUAAACAUGAAUGGACCAAACAUUCCCCACACCUCGCCCUCACCCCCUGCCAGCAAGUCUGCCACACCUUCCCCUUCCAGCUCCAUCAACGAAGAGGACCCAGAUGAUGGCAACAGGGUGAUCGGAGAGAAGCGCCCCGCCCCGGACGCCGCGAAAAAGCCCAAGACGCCAAAAAAGAAGAAAAAGAAAGACCCGAACGAGCCGCAGAAGCCCGUCUCCGCGUACGCCCUGUUCUUCAGGGACACCCAGGCUGCCAUCAAGGGCCAGAAUCCCAACGCCACCUUCGGGGAGGUGUCCAAAAUCGUGGCCUCCAUGUGGGACGGCCUGGGGGAGGAGCAGAAGCAGGUCUAUAAAAGCAAGACGGAAGCUGCCAAGAAAGAAUAUUUAAAGGCCCUCGCUGCGUAUCGUGCCAGUUUGGUUUCAAAGGCGGCGGCGGAGUCGGCCGAGGCCCAGACCAUGCGCUCGGUCCAGCAGACGCUGGCCUCCACCAACCUGUCGCCCUCGCUGAUGCUGAGCCCGCCCCUGUCCCAGCACCCCUCAAUGUCGGCGGCGGCGGCAGCCGCCCAGGCCCUACAGCAAGCACUGCCACGCGCCAUCGCCCCCAAGCCCCUCCAGAUGCGCCUCCCCGGCAGCCAGAUCGUCACCUCGGUGACGGUGGCGCCCCAGAACCUGCCCGCCGGCACACCCUCCCAGCUGAUGGGUCAGAUGGGCGUGGGCGGGGCCAUGGGGGCGGGGCAGCAGAUGAGCCCGCCCAUGCAGCCCGCCCAGCGCCACCACCUCCAGCAGCUCCAGCAGCAGCAGCAGCACCUGCAGCACCACCAGAUGCAGCAGCAGCAGCUGCACCAUCAGCAAAUCCAGCAGCAGAUGCAGCAUCAGCAUUUUCAGCAGCAUCUCCAGCAGCAGCUACAGCAGCACCACCUGCAGCAGCAGCAGCAGCAACAGCAGCAAAUGCAGCAUCAGCAGCAAAUUCAGCUACAGCACAUGCAGCUGCAGCAGUUGCAUCAACAGCAAAUGCAGCAGCUCCAACAACAGCAGCAGCAGCAGCAGCACCCAUCCCAAUGUUCCCCAUCCCAGCAUUCCCCAGGGACGCCCCAGUCUGUAGGCGGAUCUGUCUCCUUAGGAAGCCCCCAACCUGCCUCCCAGCAGCAGCACCAGUCCCAAAUACAGGCCCACGCCCAUGCUCAUGCCCAGGUCCUGUCCCAGGUCAGCAUCUACUGAGCCAAAAUUAUAUUUCAAAGAAGAGGAAUAUAAUAAAAGCAUCUUUCCAUGUUGCUUUUCUACGUUGCACUUAAGAAGUGUGUAUAAAUGUGUUUCACUAGGGACUGUCCAUUGGUAAUGAUAUGCAGACGUGCAUACAGGAACGAAUAUCUGAAAUGGAUUUUGUCUAUAAAAUAGGCUGUAUUAUGGAAAAAGUCAAUGGACAAAUGUUUUUUUUUCUCUCUCUCAGUUGCUCUGUAUUCAAAUAAAAACACUGACUUGAGGUACAUAAACAGAAAGUUAAACUGUAAAUUUCACUGGGAAAUGUCCUGCUCUUAUUUAAUGGGAAAGCUUUAUUUAUGAGGUUGAUGGUGGCAGUUCAGCUGUAUGUACUGUGUGGGCGAAAUGAACGGAUUUGGACAUUUGUGGAAUGUUCUGUGGGCAUGCCCGAUGUGUGGUUUAUCUUCAUGGGAGCAGUUUUAAACAAAAGGGAAUGCCCGGACACCACGAAUGGAAAUACUGGUAACCAGUAUCGUGCUCAAAAAAUGGGAGUUUCUUCACAGGCCAGUAUCUUUUGAGCCUUUUUUUCCAACAUUACUACAGACUAUAGAUUUCACUUCUGUACUCUCUUUGAAAAAAAUUAAUAAAAAAUCAUUAGAAUUUUCAUUUCAAGCCAGAGGAUCAUUCUUCUUGUGACAAGAGCACACUAAGGGAAGUGUUCAUGACAUUGUUUCAUAUAGAGGAAUGGACAGUGGGAUGAGACCUGCCAUAGACCGUUCAUGUCGUUGUGUUAACUGUGAUGGUACUCUACUGCAAGUGUCUGAAGAGAAGAGUCAGAUCUGCACUGAAAAUAUGAAAAUAUUAAGAUAUCCCAAAUCUCCUUCUCUCAAAAACUCACACUAUAUAAAUGGUACUCCAAAAAAAGGAUUGCCCUCUCACUUAAUUGUUUUUACCUCAGAUUUUUCGGACUCUAAAUUAUGUCUAUUUUUUUUUUUAAAGGUGAUAUUUUAUGGUACAGUAUGUGUAAAUUAGAGGCUCUUGGUUGAUGGUUUAAUGAUUUAUGUAUUUUUACACUAUUGCUUGAUACUACAAACUAAUCGAAAGCGAAAAGGAAAAAAAAGCUUUGUGGAACCAUUCUGUUGCACUGUCAAAUCCAAUUUAAAAAGGCAUGGUAGUACUUUGUGCCAGCUGUACAGAAAUACGAAAAGAAAAAAGAUGUACAUUUUUCAUAUCACAUUGUAAAAUUUUUAAUCUGUGAGGCUUUAAUUAAAUCAUUGGUAAAACGACCUGUGAAUUGCAACAUCACAUUCUGCAUUUCGCAUUUCUGCUGUUUUAUACUUUUUUAUGAGUUAUAAUGGCAGUAAUUAAGUUGUUUGUAUUUUGCUUACAAAAACAACUGCUUUUUAUCCCUUUCUAUAGAAUAAAUUCUGUUUUCAAGCUCUCUAGGCAUAUUAAUUUGAAAAUGAGUUUUGCUUGGUCAUGAAGUAAAACAUUCCAUCACUAAUAUGAUAUUAGCCAUAAUUUUUGUAUGAAGUACAACAUAUUUCCUUGUGUCUCCUCGUUUGCGAUUAAAAAAUAAUAAUGAUCACAAA